AUGGAUUUUAGCUAUUGCGAAUUUCCCAGCACCGUCUCUAUAGACACUUUCAAGGCCUAUUUCAAUCCCAAUGAUGUCAAGUUGCUCAGUGUCAACAGUAAAUCAUUGGACCAAUGCCAGCCCGAGACCGACGAAGGCCAAGCAAAUCAGGCGAAAAGUCUGCGACAUCUUGUGCUCGACGCCAUCGUAAGCAAUUGGAGCGAACUGCCGCUGUACCGUCAGCUGAGGCGUCGGCAGGACCGUAACUAUAUACUCACCCAGUUGGAUACGCAGCUACCGCUGCAGUUGCUCAGCUCUCACAUACGGGACGACUACUUCUGGCGACGCUGCUACGAGGUGCGUUGGCGCAUGGCACCCUUCCAGGCGCGCGGCAGAGAAAGACACUGGAUUAACAUUUACAUGGAGCGACAUGUGCAGGAGUUUAUUGAAAAUAUGCAAACCGGCGACUACGAGCAGGAUGGUAAUGUGCAAGCCGCCUUGGACAUCUGUGCGUCGUACAUAAAUCAAUUGGAGAUAAAUCGGCUACAGCCCGCCCCGCCGGGCAGUGAGAGCAAUGAUCACAUUCCGCUUGAUUACCUGCUGAGCAAUCUGCCGGACUUACGGCGACUGCGGCUGAGCUACAGCAGCAAGACAGCUGGCAUCAAUUACCAAAUAGGUUGCAAUCAAAUAACGGCCCGUGACAUAUUACUGUUGGCCAAGGGACUUAGCCAAUGCCACGAGCUACGCAAGUUUUGCCUUCACAAUACGAAGCUGUUGGCGUAUCAGUUGCGUUUCUUGGCACACAGCCUAGACAAGGGCUGCCAUCACCUGAAGGAGUUAUCCAUGCUGCACUGCGCCGUGGGCGAUGCGGGCAUACGUUGUUUUCUCGAAACGUGUGGCAAGGAAUCCUUUGCCACCCUCACUGUCCUCGACCUAACCAACAACAGAAUAACGGAGGAAGGCGCCUAUACUCUCAGUCGAACGUUGGUCCACGUGCCCCUUGUGCGGCUUGUGCUGCGACUGAAUCCCAUUCAAAGCGAUGGCGCCGCUGCCAUCUUCCAUACGCUGCAGACGAUGCCCAUCAAAGAGUUGGAUCUGGCCAGCUGUUCCAUAACUGAGAGCAUAACCAAGCUGUUCAUGAUGUUGAUAUGCCAGCAGAAGACGCUGCUAGUCAUUGACCUAUCAAACAACGACCUGGGCCAGGAUUUUGGCAAGCAUUUGCUAAAGAUCAUCAACUGUAAUAAGAUGCUGGAAGAUAUGGAUCUACGCAAUACGGGUCUUUCUUUGGAUAUGCGACGAAAGUUUCAAGAGAUUUUGUUAAAGAAUUGCGAGCGUAAGAAGCACCAAGCCGCCAAAAAAGAAAAACGUGAAAAGUUCAAUGCAAUGAUCAAAUUAUGA